AUGGGCUGUGCUGGAAUGUUGCGAAAUUCCGUUACCGUAACAGGUCCACCAGUGGCCGAAGGUGCGGCCGCAACCGUAUCUGAAGAACUAGAAGAGAGUGUAGAGGAGGCAGAGGCUGCUGCUGCUGCGGUUGAAGCAGGCGAAGUGGAGGAAGAAGAUAUGGAAGAUGCCGCUGUGAUUCGGAAAGAUGACUGA